AUGAAGCUCACAGUCACCCUCACUCUGGUCAUGCUAGCUCUCUGCUGCAGCCCUGCUUCUACAGACGUAUGCCCAGCCUUUCUACAAGUCAUUGAAACCAUCUUCUUGGGCACCCUCUCCACUUACCAAGCUGCCGUGCAACCUUUCAGCCCUGAUAAAGACAUGCAAGAUGCGGGGAUCCAGCUGAAGAGGCUGGUGGACACCCUGCCCCAGCAGGCCAAGGACAGCAUCCUAAAGCUCACGGAAAAAAUAGUCAGAAGCCCACAGUGUACUCAGGAGUUAGGAAUCCAAAGCCCAUCAGAUUUAGAAGCUGAAGAUUCCCAAACGCUGAAGCUCCUGCCACAGCCGCUGGCUUCCUGA